ACGUCACCGUAGAAAUCACACGAGGUUCUUUUACAGCUGGUUUUCGCAGGACGUCGAAAAAAAGCUUGAAAGACAGGUAUACAAUGGACGGUGCGAGUAAUCAUAAUUACACACCUGAUUCAUGGGAACAAAAUGAGGCAGGUGAUUCCAACGUAUCCGAAGGUAUGGACAAAUCUUUCGCUAAAAUGAACGUGAAUGCUGCCGAGUUCGUACCAGGUCGAAAUGUUCAUGCUCGGGAAUUUGUUCCGAAUUUUGCCACGAACAGUACAGGUUACUCAAAAGUUGAAACCGAAACAGAAAAUAUAUCACAAGAAAGACAAAUGGAUGAAAGAGAAGAAACUCCACCAGAUGACUGGGCUGCUAAAGAAGACAAUUUGGAAGAUGAAGAUGAUGGUGGAGGGGAAGAGGAGGAAGAGGAUGAAGAUGACGAUGAAUUAGCAGAAGCAGCUAAACCCAAGAAAAAAUCCACAACUGAAGGCCCUCCCAAACCUAAAAAAGAACAUGUCAAUGUAAUCUUUAUUGGACAUGUAGAUGCUGGCAAAUCUACAAUUGGUGGUCACAUGAUGUUUUUGACUGGAAUGGUUGACAGUAGGACGCUAGAAAAAUAUCAAAGGGAGGCUAAAGAAAAAAACAGAGAAACAUGGUAUUUAUCGUGGGCAUUAGACACCAAUUCAGAGGAAAGAGAAAAGGGCAAGACGGUGGAAGUAGGCAGAGCAUAUUUUGAAACGGAAAAGAAACAUUUCACAAUCCUAGACGCCCCUGGACACAAAAGCUUUGUGCCAAACAUGAUUGGUGGAGCAUCACAGGCUGAUCUAGCAGUUUUGGUAAUCUCAGCUAGGAAGGGAGAAUUUGAGACAGGAUUUGAAAGAGGUGGUCAAACACGAGAGCAUGCAAUGUUAGCCAAGACAGCAGGAGUCAAACAUUUAAUAGUCCUUAUCAACAAAAUGGAUGACCACACAGUAGAUUGGUCAGAGGCAAGGUUUAAUGAAUGUAGAGAUAAAUUGCUUCCAUAUCUAAAGAAAUGUGGCUUCAAUCCCAAAACCGAAAUGUUUUUUAUGCCUGCGUCAGGCUACACUGGGGCCUUCCUUAAAGAACCUGCAGAUGAAAAAAUAUGUCCAUGGUAUAGGGGUCCUACUUUUAUUGAAUAUUUAGACAAUAUGCCCAAUUUGGAUAGAAGUGCUGAUGGACCUGUGAGGUUACCAAUUGUGGACAGAUACAAGGAUAUGGGAACAGUAGUUUUAGGAAAACUGGAAUCUGGCACCAUUGCAAAAGGCCAGACACUUACCCUGAUGCCAAACAAGGUCAGUGUUGAUGUGUUGAUGAUCCUGUCAGAUGAAGAGGAAGUGGAAAGCGUCCUGCCAGGAGAAAAUGUCAAACUGAAGCUUAAAGGAGUGGAGGAAGAGGACGUGUCUCCAGGAUUUGUUCUUUGCUCACCUGAGGAUCUGUGUAACACAGGCAAAAGAUUUGAUGCACAAGUUGUGAUAUUAGAACAUAAAUCAAUUAUUUGCCCAGGCUACAGUGCAAUUGCCCACAUUCAUGCUUGUGCAGAGGAGAUUGAAUUCAAAGUAUUGAUGUGUUUGAUAGACAAAAAGACUGGUGAAAAGAACCAGAUGAAGCCUAGAUUUGUGAAACAGGACCAGAUCUGCAUAGCACGUCUAGAAGUAUCAGGAGGAGUAAUUUGUUUGGAACCCUUCAAGAAAUUUGCACCAAUGGGAAGGUUCACCCUAAGAGAUGAGGGAAAAACCAUCGCAAUCGGCAAAGUCUUGAAGAUUGUAGAAUAAAUGAACUGUAAAGAAGUAUCCAAGCAAUUCAGCUCAACAACUUGCUUCAGUCCAAUUAACUGAAUGAAACAGUGCGCAAGGAUUAAAUGAUGGAAUUAUUUCCAGGAAGUUUUGUUGUAGUAGCAGUAUGAAUAGGUUUAUAAUAAGGAAAAAAGAAACAGGACUUGGCUGACAAUUGGUGUGGAAUAUCCCCUGUGUUUUCUUAAAGAGCAGUCACUACCUCUACGCUGACAGUUAAUUUGCCAAAAUCAAAUUAAAAAGGUUGUAUAGAAUUCCAUUCCCAAAACUCUUUAGGUAUUGGUGCUAGUUGCAUUUCUUGGACUUAUUUAAUUAUACACACAAGUACAUCCUUUCAGGUUAAUUUUGGGCUUAUUACAAAUUUCAGAUCGAGUUGUAUAGUUUAAUUUUUUGCUUAACUGGCAAGAUGUUAGAGGAGUAAGAUAUGAAGAUUUGUGGACAGCAAAAGCUUGUCAGCGUCUCACAUUGAGGCGCAUCUUAUGAAUUUCUUACAUUUAAAGGCUGUCAAAAAUGGCACAAUGUUAACAAUUGGUUCUAUUCCUUUUCAUUGUGAUUAGACGACAUUGAACAGCUAGAGCCUAUGCCUUAAAAAUUGCAGUAAAGAUUUCCUUUGCUUAUGAAAGAUAGCUCCUUAUUUAAUAUGUAGAAUUGUUUUUCAUUCUAACGUUUGUCCAUAUCAUCGAAGUUACCUGAUGACUCUAAAAUACUGCUAGUCUGGUGUUCUCUGCUGCUGAGACUGAGAAUUCAGCACUUGGGCAGGUUUUGUGUGAAUAUUUUUCUUGGAAGUAUUCAGUGUUUGCUUGAGAGAUAAUUUAUUUUGCAAGAGAGGAAAACUGCAAACUACCCAAGGUUUGAAAAAAUUUCCCUGUGUGGUGGGAGUGACAGCAAAGCAUUAAGAAUGAAGCAGUGGUAUUGCUUCAUGCAACAAUGACUACAACACUGAAGUUACGCUGUUCAUUUAUAAAGCUUAAUCAGUAACUGUUGAACGGAAUUGAGUGACAAUUAUUAUGAUUUACUGAGACUGAAAGCAAUAUGGUAUCAGUCUAAAGCUGUAUAAUAUCGCAUUGCAAAAUAUAAAUUCAAUUUCCAUGACUGAAAUUGAGAAAUUUUAAUAAAAAAAUUUUUGAAUGAAUGGUUUUGCUCUUAAGUUGAGGAAAUGUGUUUCUCAUAACCAAAUCCUUAAUUAAUUUACAUGAUAAAAUAUUUUACUUUCCCUUUUAUAAAAAUACAAUAUAAUGCAUAGAUACUGUAGAGAUAUUGCCUGUUGUGUGACCAUGUCAAAUGCAAGUAGAACUAUAAUUUAAAAAUACAAAGAAAAUCAUCGGUAUUAUACACUUCAGGAUAACACAGACUUUGGAAAAGAUUUAAAUAAGAUGCUUAUAUCUUUGCUUUCAUAAUAACUCAUGGUAACAGACACAUCUUCAAAAUCUUGGGUGGGGUGGAGGGGGGGGAGAAAGGGCAAUGCAACCCACCAAUAUUAACUAAAUAGAUUAUACGUGUCUGUAUUUGAAGUUGUAAAAUAAUUAAAUUUAUCUGUAAAU